GUUCCGGACGGGAGGACGUCGCACCCGGAAGUGAAGGGCGUCCCUCUCCGCGGAGGCGGUGCAAUAGGUGUUUCCCAACACUUCCUAUGAAGCCGGAAGGCCGUACGCCGAGUUGGCAGGGCUCUCUGGUCGGGUUACCCGACUAUGGCUGGAGAACUACUCUUCCCAUCGUGCCCUGUCAUCGACUUUAGGGUUUCUUGGGCCGGCUCCAGCGCGGUGCAUCUUGGAAUUCGUAGUCCUGAUGGCCCUUCACCAGCAUCCUACCUGGGAGCGUCCUGCUUGCCUGUCGCCUUACCCCUUGGCCAGCCUGUCCAGGUGUGGGUGACGCCGGCCUGUCUAUUCCGACCAGGUCCCUAGUGGCUGCGAGGAUCUCCUGGGUCGACGGCUUUAGGGCCCGGAGCCCUAGGAUCAUUUCGGCACCUCGGGACAUGGCCCUAACCGUGGAGACUGAGUCGCGCAUCUACCGGGGUCUGCGCACCGCCUCGGGGGCUGCCGCCCACGUCGUGGCCCUCGGCUUCACCGUCUUCGUGGCUGUACUGGCCCGGCCCGGCUCUAGUCUGUUCUCGUGGCACCCAGUGCUCAUGUCUCUGGCUUUUUCCUUCCUGAUGACAGAAGCGCUGCUGGUCUUCUCCCCAGAGAGCUCCUUGUUGCGAUCCUUCUCUAGAAAGGGCCGGGCACGAUGCCACUGGGUACUUCAGCUGCUGGCUCUGCUCUGUGCCUUGCUUGGCCUGGGCCUGAUUGUCUACAACAAGGAGCAGCACGGCAAAACUCACCUGGCGACAUGGCACGGGUGGGCAGGGCUGCUCUCAGUGCUGUGGGCCGGGCUGCAGUGCACAGGUGGGGUGGUACUGCUCUACCCCAAGCUGCUCCCUCGAUGGCCACUAGCCAAGCUGAAGCUGUAUCAUGCCACCUCAGGGCUGGUGGGUUACCUGCUGGGCAGUACUAGCCUUCUCUUGGGCAUGUGUUCACUCUGGUUUACCACCACACUAGUGGGUGCUGCCUGGUACCUGGCCGCUCUCUGUCCCAUUCUCACCAGCCUGGUGGUCAUGAAUCAGGUGAGCAAUGCCUACUUGUACCGCAAAAGGAUCCAGCCGUGAAGGAGAAAGCAUCCAUAUGCCCCUGCUCUCCCUACUGCAGUAAUCCUGCAUUCUGCCCAGAAAAGCCGCUCACGGUGCUGCUGGGACUCUCUUGGCUCUCCUGAUGCCGGGCAGGCCUCGGCCAUACAUCGUCCCUCUGGGGGACAGGUGGAAGAGAUGUGAAGCGAGGAAGGGUGCUAUGUGCCCCACAUAGACUCCUGUCUCCUCAUCUUCCGGCCACCUAGGAAGGGGCAUGGGAGCACAUGGAUGGACUGCCGGCAGCCUGCCUCUUCUGCUCAUUGUUCAGACUCUUAUCAGUAUUUGCAAAAAAGGAAACAAAAAAGUGAAUGGAAAGUCAAGAGUUCUGAGCCAGAGGUGAUUCUUACAGGUACCAUUGGUGUGAAGAAACAGAACCUUUUUGUUGGGGGUUGGCUUUGCUGCCAGUGAGGCCUUGGCUCCUGAAGGGGGAGCAGCUUCCCCUUGGUUGGGGUCAGGGAGGCCUGAGGAAAACCCGCCAUUUCCUAGGAAGCCGGGAUGACGGGAGGGCAAGGCCAAGUUGUUAACGGUGUGCUCUUGUACUUCCUAUAAAGCUCUUCUAUCUACCCACCUAUUUGUGUGUGCGUGUGACUGGUGUCUCACCAGUUCAGGAGUUAGUGUCUAGAUGAGCAGGGAGCAGGAAUGGGAGCGACCAAUAAGAGAAUCCCCUCUGUUCAGGUUAGUCUUACUGAGAUAGCCCACACAGCCAAGGGCUGGGCAGGCUGUGGCAAUGUGGAGAAAAGAGGCAACCCGAGGAGCCCUCAGACCAGAGGACAGUGGACAGAGGGGAAUGGUACCUGUGGCCAGUGUAGAGCCAUGGCAUCUCUCUCCUCUCACUAUGUAGGCAGAUGGACCUCUUCCAAGUAAAAAGAGAGCAAGAAGACACAAGUACAAAAGGUAUUAACAGUCCUAAGUUAGAUAUACUCUUCUCUUAGAGGCCAGCACAGGAGCCGAAGUCAUGGAAAGCCACAAGAAGGACAAUGUAGAGGUUUGAGAAUGAGGAGUAAAAGUACUAAGUUGGUAAGAUGAAAACAGAGUAGAAAAGAGGAUGGGGGGCGGUGGUGGUCUCCAUUCCAACAGCUUAAGAGCAACAGGGGACAAAAGCAAUGACCCAGGAUGCAGUUUGCGGUCUUGUGCUUCCUGGGAAGGCUGGGUGGGC